AUGGUUUCAACUCCAAGCUUUUUCAUCAACCAACUGGUGUACCCCAAGGUUCGCACAAUUGAUUCUAUAAACGAUUGUUUAACGUUACAAAGAGAUUUGUUAAAUAUCGCGGAACGUUGUAAUGCUAAUGGUCUAGAACUUAACCUGCGUAAAUGUAAGAUAGUGUCUUAUUCCCGUAAGAAAAAGAGAGCAGAUUCGGUGAAAGACUUGGGAGUUCAAUUUGAUAAAUGUUUAACAUUUAUUGAUCAUAUAGAAACAAUCACCCAAAGCAGUUUCAAAACACUAGGAUUUAUAGUAAGAACGUGUGCAUGUUUCAAUAAUGCUGAUGCAAUUAAAACACUAUUUCAAGCCUUUAUUAGAACUAAAUUAGAAUAUUGCUCAUUAAUAUGGUCCACGAAUUACGCAAAUCAAAGUAUCAGUUUAGAAAAGGUUCAACGGCGGUGUCUUAAAUAUUAUUAUCAUAUAUAA